AUGGCUGAGAACCCAGCAUUCCACGUCAUUGUCUUGGGCCCGACGGGUGGACCUCGCGAAGACUGCGUCACAGGCAUUCUUGUCCGGUCAACGUCAACGAAAUGGUCUUCUAACUCGGUGGUAGCCGUGGAUGCGGGUACCCUUCUUGCAGGAAUUAUUCGAUUGAUGGAACGGUUUCUCCCCGAAUGCAAGGAUGAUCGGGGGGUGAUGACAAGUGGGCCCUUUCAGGGGCUUGAGCUGCCCUGCAGAACAGCGCAGGCAAAUGCAGCGCAUGUAUUUCGCGAAAUCAUCGGUGCUGUUCUCAUCACACACCCUCAUCUAGAUCAUAUCUCAGGGCUGGCGAUUAACACACCGAUCCUGGAGGCGGGUAAUGGCCCAAAACCUGUGGCCGCUUUGCCAUCCGUGCUAUCCGCCAUCAAGAACCACAUGUUCAACGAUGUCAUCUGGCCUAACUUGUCGGAUGAAGAUGGCGGCGCUGGUCUACUCACAUAUCAGCGCUUGGUGGAAGGUGGAAACCCUCGUUUCGGUCGUGGCGAUAGUAGAGGCUAUGUCAGGGCUUGUAAUGGCCUAUUGACAAAAUGCUUGAGCGUGAGCCAUGGCCGGUGCAAGCAACGAUACCAUCCAGAAAAUGGGGGGCCUCAUCGAGUCGGGAGUACCGUCUUUUCUGAUCACCACUUGAUGUUUCCCUCAAGGGCGAUUUCAGUGGACCAUACCGAUGGCAGUUUCUAUUCCCCCGCUCGCUCUCCACAUCUACUCCCAUCCAAAUCCAAAGAGCCAGUGAUGGAAACGGUCGAAAGCUCCGCCUUCUUCCUGCGCGAUCAUCACACCGGCUCCGAGAUCAUCGUCUUCGGUGACGUUGAGCCGGAUGCAGUCUCCCUGGGAACGCACAACAAACGAGUAUGGGAGGCCGCCGCACCGAAAAUCGCCACGGGCAAGCUACGAGCAAUCUUCAUCGAAUGUUCCUACAAUGACGGCACCGACGACUCAUAUCUGUACGGCCACAUGUGUCCACGACAUCUAGUCUCCGAGCUCACCGCGCUGGCCCGCAGAGUCAUGGAAGUGCGGGAUUCAAACAGGGGUGAUAAAAAGCGCAAGCGCGAACCCGCGGACCCGCUCGAGACCGGCAGCGAGCAAGUGAGCCCGCGUUCGAAACGGACGCUAAGCUCCUCUGCCGAUAAAGGCAGGACGCCUGAGUCACUUGUUGAGUCUCGUCCGCUUCCGAGAGAGUCGGUGGAACUUCCUCAGAUACCUAAAGUGGACCUCGGGGAUGUUCUGCGAAGUCCGGACUCUGAGACUUGGGCUGAUACUGACCCUCCUCUGGAAGGAUUGAAGAUUUACAUAAUUCAUGUCAAGGAGAAUCUUACCGAUGGGCCUCACCCCGGAGAACAGAUUCUGAGGGAGCUCCAGGCUCAUGGUGAAGCAGCUCAUCUGGGUUGCGAAUUCUUUAUCCCGAAUCCUCUUGAGGGAAUAUGGAUUUGA